AUGAUAAGUGACGACGAUCGUGAUAUUGAUAUUGAAAGUGAUGCGGAAAAUGAUUCUGAUUCGCGAACCCACGCAAGAAAUAGUCUCGGUGGAAGUGGUUACUAUUCUCAGGCAGAAAAGCGAGCACACCAUAAUGCUUUGGAGAGGAAACGAAGAGACCAUAUUAAAGAUAGUUUCACAUCACUGAGAGAAUCUGUUCCUGCAUUGCAAGGAGAGAAAGUGGCUAGCCGUGCACAAAUUUUAAAAAAGGCGGCGGAGUAUAUCUCGUUUAUGAGGCGGAAAAACAACAUACACCAGCAAGACAUUGAUGAUUUGAAAAGACAAAAUAAUUUGCUGGAGAGUCAAAUCAAAGCAUUGGAAAAAGUUCGAGCUACAGGAAAUUACAUGGACGCCCAUGAGCUAGGACUUGGGAUCAAAUCAGAAGGUAGUUCCCAUGACACUGAUAGCUCUGAUGGUGAAGGUACCACCCGGCGAGUGAAGAAAUUAAAAAUCAAUGGAGUCAAUGUGUAA